AUGCCCCAGAAGUCUAACAUGCUAUCCGAAGUACCCACUUUCAAACCCUCCCACGUCCUAGCUUGUUUACAGACUGUUCCUUUGAAUAAGACUGCCGCCCUCGCGCAAGUCGAUUGGCUCCAGAACUAUACACAAUUGCAAUCAACAUUGGCAUACCUCAAAGAGCCCACACCGGAGUAUCAGCUACCAUCAGUGGACAUCUUUGCUCGCUUUCACGACAUCAAGCAGUCCAUUAACAAUGGAAGAUAUGGAAACGAAUUUGUUUUCGAGCUUGCCCUUUCUAAUUUGAUCCAAGGGGCAGGGGAUGGUCAUUUCACCUAUAGGCCACUCCUAACCAAUUCGUUCGUUUUCAAUCGUAGUAUAUCCCUAACAUCAGUCUCUCUAGACGGGACAUCAUUACCGAAGAUCUAUGCCAGCGGGGACAUCCUAGCCUACGCGAAUAGUAACACCACUGGGAAAGUGGACUUUUUCCCGGUCACGACCAUUGAUGGCCAAGAUGUCAUACAGUACCUUAGAAAUGCUAAGUCUAUAAGUGACUCGACUCCACUACAAGAUCUUGACGCUCGAUUCAACAAGCUGCUGCUCAAUUCAGCCAGUUUAACACACCCACUGUUCGAAGCGCAACACUCAUUUGUGGGUCAGAAGGACUCCUACAAAAUUGGUUUUAGCAACGGAACAAACUUGACAAUAUCAGCGCAAGUGUCAAUUGCGUCAGGAGCGACAUUUGAGGUAGCAAGUGGCCAUGAGCUGUACCAAAAGUAUUUGGAUUCUGGUCCACCUCCCAGUCCAGUGGAUCUGAUACAGAGCGCUUUCAAUUCUUCCCCGACAGCUACCCAAGCCGGUGUUUCAGCAACGGCUUCUGCGACCGGCACGAACAGUAAUUCAGGCUCCCUCAAACCAAUUUAUAGUACCUAUCCAUCGCCGAUAGUUGCCAGUGAGAGUUACGUUUCUGGUUACCUCCUCAACGGGAGCGACACAAAAGAUGUAGCUGUGCUAGUCAUCUCGAGUUUCGAUGCGGAAGGAGCAGGGGCCCCUGCCAAAUUUCAACAGGCCGUCGAGAAAUUCCUAGCCUUGUGCAGAUCCCAGAACAAGAAGCGACUGAUCAUCGACAUCAGAGACAAUGGCGGUGGUGUUGCAAUGCUAGCAUACGACACAUUCAAACAGCUGUUUCCAGGAGAAUUACCCUACUCCGGCCUACGAACUCGCUUUUCAGCCGCGGGCAAUGCAUUGGGCGAAAUCACAUCCUUAUUGCCAACCGAAGUGUCCAGCUUGGUAGGCGGCCUCAUCUACGACACGGCCUCAUUCCUAAAAACCCCCGACGGACAAUUCUACAAGGACUGGCACGAAUACCAAGGCGGACCCACGCAAAAAGGCGACAACUUCACCAAAACAGCUUCAUGGCUGUUCUCCAAUUGGACACUGAACCCUUUCUUCAGCAUGAACCUGACCGACGGCGCCUGCUCCUCCACCUGCGGCCUCUUCGCCAACCUCCUCAUCAACCAAGGCAACGUAACAACCGUGACCGCCGGGGGUCGUCCCAACAACUCCACAAUCUCCGUAAUCGGCGGCACGCAAGGCGGCGAAGUCGGGCAAUACGAGACGCAAAUCCGCGGGCUGGUCGCAGCGGCGCUUUUGUACCAAAGCAACCUCACCACGCUAUCGACCGCGCAGAAGGCGAAGAACGCAGCGAUUCUGUAUCCGAUCUUGCAGCCGCCGCCGAUUCGGUAUUAUGCGGACGGAGUGGGGCCGACGGUGAAUUUGUUGGAUAAUAUUGCUGCGGAGGAGGGGGGGACGGGGACGGGGAGGGAGGGGGUGUCCCAUUGCAGUUUCGGAGGAGCAAGCAGGCCGAUUGUCGCAUGUGGUAUAUGCCCGCGGACAUUGUUGGGGUGGAGAAUACGUGGGCGAGGGUUGCGAGAGGGGUUGAAGAAUGGGGGGAAGGGGCUGUGUGUUAAUGGGGGGUUGAAGAAGAAGGAGGGAGGAAAUGGUGCUACGAGUGGUGGGGGAGGGGGUGGGGGAACGGGGAGUCCGAUGGCGCCGCAGCCUACACAAUCGACCUCGCCGAGUGGUGCGUCUUCGAGCGCGGCUUCGGCUGGAAGGAGUGUGGGAUUGUAUGGGGCUCUGGGUGUGCUGGUGGCGUGUCUGGCUGCGGUGGAUGUGAUUAUGAGGGUUAUAUAG